AGACCGGGCGAAACAUGCAACGGUCUUGCCGGAAAGCUCUGGAGGCCUGACCACUGACUGGGAUGGCGGCGCGACCGUUCUACUCGGCGCCGGUGAAGUACCGACCCGACUUCCCCCCUCCGCCGGGUCAGAUCCGCCUGCCGACGCCGCACGCUCAGACCGCUCCGGCAGCGCCGCCCGGCUUCACCAGCGACAAGCCGUGGAUGACACCGCACCUGGUGGCCGAGAUCCGGCGCCGCAACUUCCUGCAGAACCGGGCGGCGCGCUCCAGCUGCGAGGAGGACCGCGCCGCCGCCGACCAACAGCGCCAGCUCGUCAACCGGCUGGUGAAUGAGGCCAAGGAGCGCUUCUGCCUGGCGCACCCGGAGCGAACCGACGAGAUCCUGGCGUCGGACCGGCGCGCACGGCCUUUCCACUGCGGAUCGUGUGACCGCAGCUACGGCACACAGCAGCAGCUGGACGAGCACUGCCGAGAGCACGUGCGCUGCGGUCUGGAAGACUGCCCGUUCACUGCCCACCCGCGCGUUGUCGAGAAACAUGUGACCAUGCAGCACCAGACCGGACUGGCUAAGGUCAUCAUGGCGCUCAACACGCCCGAGGCGAUCGCGCGCUGGCGCGAGCAGCGGCGCGCCAACUUCUGUCGUCCCGAGUCGGCGGCGCGCCGGCAGGCCGAGCAGGCAGAGCGCGCGGCGCGCGGUAUCCGGAUACCGGAGCGGGGCGGCCGCUUCCCGCCGGCGCAGGAGCGGCCCGGGCGGGGUCGGGGACGCGGCCGCGGCCGCGGCGGCAGGGGCCGCGGUCGGGGAGCGCACCACCGUCCGCCUGCCCAGCAGCAGACAGCUCACUCAGACAGCGACGAGGAGGGAACGUGCCGCGGUCUGGCUCCUUUCACCGGAAUUCUGGCUGUGACGGCAUACACAGACGCCGUGUGCGAGAGCAAUGGCACAACGGAAAACCAGGACGCGGGAGAUCCGAAUGCAGCGGAAGAACAGGACAUGAAGAAACACGACGAAGUCAAUGGCCAAGAUGUCGUGAACGGUGACGCAGCGGAAGGCGAGGAUAUCACGAAUGGUGACGUAGCGGAGGGGGAUGACGGGAACGGUAGCGUAAAGCAGGAGCCCGCACCACCCCCUGUAGACGAGGACCCGCCGGCCGGACCGAAGUGCUCCCCAUCAGUACCCAGCGGGGGUGACAAGGUCCCGGAGAGACCCACGACGGUCGGCUCCGUACCGCCUCCCGGCCCCGGCUGUGACUCUCCGGCUACCGCUCCGGCCUCUGCGGACCGUCCCACCAACGGUAACUCGGGCGGCCGGGGCCAGUGGCGGCGGGGACGGGGACGGGGUCAGCGGGGCGGGGGCCGGGGAGGUGGCCCCGCACAGCCUCCCAGAAAACGGCGCCGUCCGCUGACCCUGCUAGAGAAACUGUUGGCAAACGACAUUCGUCGCGAGCGGAACAUCCUUCUGCAGUGUGUGCGGUAUGUGGUGAACGAGCAGUUCUUUGAUGGACGGCCGAUAGGUGGGGCGCGAGUGGCUCCCCCUGGUGGACAGAGCGCAGAGGAGGCAGCUGGUUCUCCCUCCGACCGGGCAGAACCAUCGGACAUUCCAACAUCGUCGGUAGGAGGUAGCGAUGCGGUGCCCGAGCAGCCGGCGCCAUAUUCUGCGGAAGAUACCGAGGUUUCGAAGCAAACUGCACCACAAGCAGAGGAUACCGAGAUGUCUGAACGGCCGGUUCCGCGGCUGCUGGGAGGAGCAUACUACGACUCUGACGCCAUAUCGGACUCAGAUUGAGCAGGACUGGUCUGAUCGCCAUUGGGUGACUCUCUCGGCCAGUGGACCUCAGCCUACAAGGGGAUGCGAGGGGAACUGUGAGCUCAUGGGAUCCUCUGUGAUUGCGAUACUGUGAGAGAACCAAUAUCCGCUGGUGACAUCUGUCAUACCAGCGAAGAGAUGGUUGAGUGUCUUGGUUGGUCGGCGAUGUCCUGUCGGUCAACUACGCUUGUUGAAAAUAAAGUGAACCGUUUAGUUA